GAGCCGGGGGCCGGCAUGGCCCAGCAGGCGAGUAUGGGGGUGACCCACCAAGACACCCUGGCAGUGCCCCCCAUGCCCAAACACUCUGGCCUGAAUGAAGACUUGGUGAAGAUCCUGCGAGAGAACCUGCUGCAGCCGGAGAGGCCAAGAGGACACCGGCGCUCACCCUCCUCCAUCUCCCCCCGCCUCUCCCCCCGCAACUCACCGCGACUGCUCCGCCGCAUGCUGCUCAAUAACAACACCCACAAACAGAGGCGCUUCACCGUCGCACAUACAUGUUUCGAUGUGGACAAUGGCACAUCGUCAGGUCGCAGCCCCCUGGACCCGAUGGCCAGCCCGGGCUCAGGCCUCAUCCUGCAGGCCAACUUUGUCCACAGCCAACGGCGAGAGUCAUUCCUCUACCGCUCGGACAGUGACUACGACCUCUCGCCGAAGUCUAUGUCCAGAAACUCCUCCAUUGCCAGUGACAUUCAUGGUGACGAUAUGAUUGUAACGCCAUUUGCACAGGUUCUCGCCAGCUUGAGAACAGUACGAAACAACUUUGGUGCAUUAACUAAUUUACAGCAAGACCGAGCGUCCAACAAGAGAUCACCCAUGUGUAACCAACCCCCCAUCACCAAGACCACCUUUACAGAGGAGGCAUACCAGAAACUGGCCACUGAGACCCUGGAGGAGCUCGACUGGUGUUUGGACCAGCUGGAGACGCUGCAGACGAGACACUCGGUCAGCGAGAUGGCCUCCAACAAGUUCAAGAGGAUGUUGAACCGGGAGCUGACUCACCUAUCAGAGAUGAGCCGCUCGGGGAACCAGGUGUCUGAGUUCAUCUCCAGCACAUUCCUAGACAAGCAGCAUGAAGUGGAGAUGCCGUCCCCACAGACGCAGAAGGAGAAGGGGGAGAAGAAGAACAAGCCCAUGUCUCAGAUCAGCGGGGUGAAAAAGCUGCAACACUCCUCCAGCCUCACAAACUCCAACAUCCCUCGCUUCGGAGUCAAGACGGAGACUGAGGAUGAACUCGCUAAGGAGCUGGAGCAUGUGAAUAAAUGGGGCCUUAAUGUUUUUAAAAUCUCAGAGUUUUCUGGGAAUCGGCCACUAACAGUCAUGAUGUACACGAUAUUCCAGGAGAGAGACUUGUUAAAAACAUUUAAGAUUCCACUCGACACCUUUAUAACAUACCUGAUGACCUUAGAAGACCAUUAUCACGGAGAUGUGGCCUACCAUAACAACAUCCAUGCUGCUGACGUCACCCAGUCAACUCACGUGCUGCUAUCCACCCCCGCCCUGGAGGCUGUGUUCACAGACCUCGAGAUCCUAGCUGCCAUCUUUGCCAGUGCAAUUCACGACGUGGACCAUCCUGGAGUCUCCAACCAGUUCCUCAUCAACACCAAUUCAGAGCUAGCGCUGAUGUACAAUGACUCGUCGGUGCUGGAAAACCACCAUCUAGCAGUCGGAUUCAAGCUCCUACAAGAAGAGAACUGUGACAUCUUCCAAAACCUGACCAAAAAACAAAGACAAUCACUGCGAAAGAUGGUUAUUGACAUCGUACUAGCAACAGACAUGUCCAAGCACAUGAAUCUCCUGGCUGAUCUGAAAACGAUGGUGGAAACCAAGAAGGUGACCAGCUCUGGGGUCUUGCUGUUGGACAACUACUCCGACAGAAUACAGGUCCUCCAGAACAUGGUGCAUUGUGCAGACUUGAGCAACCCCACGAAGCCUCUCCAGCUGUACCGGCAGUGGACGGAUCGCAUCAUGGAGGAGUUCUUCAGCCAGGGCGACCGAGAGAGGGAGCGAGGCAUGGAGAUCAGCCCGAUGUGUGACAAACACAACGCCUCAGUAGAGAAGAGCCAGGUCGGUUUCAUAGACUAUAUCGUUCACCCUCUGUGGGAGACGUGGGCUGACCUGGUCCACCCAGACGCCCAGGACAUCCUGGACACGCUGGAGGACAACAGGGAGUGGUACCAAAGCACCAUCCCCCAAAGCCCCUCUCCUACCCUGGACGAGCCUGAAGACAGCACUCGACCCCCAGGAGGGGACAAGUUCCAGUUUGAGCUCACCCUGGAGGAGGACGGGGAGUCAGACACUGAGAAAGACAGCGGUAGCCAGCCUGAGGAGGAAGAGGAUGAUGAGGAGGAGGAGGAGGAGGAGGAAAACAGCUGUACUGACACUAAAACACUCUGUACGCAGGACUCUGAAUCCACUGAGAUUCCUUUGGAUGAACAGGUGGGGGAGGAUGACGAGGAUGAGGAGGAGGAGGAGGUGGUACCCGAGGAGGGGGAGACCCCCUGCUCGCAAACAUGUGUGGUGGAGGAGGAGGUACCGGAGGAGGAGGAGGAAGAGGAAGAGAAAGAAAAUAACCCCCACACAUAGCAGUGUCUGGACAGCACCUGAUGAACUUUUCUUCUUAGUAAUGACAGAUUAUUUAUAGAAUAUUUUUGGGGUUUUGUGGAGUUUGUGUUUUUUUAUACAUCUAUGUUUAUGGUUCCAAAGCGUGCGCUGCUCUCCACCGUGACCACUCCUCCUGUCAGCUUUCAGACACGCCCAGCGGUACUUUCUUCAAGUUUUUUUGCACUCAGGAAACCUCCUUUCCAUUCCCGUUUGUACUGAAGUGGUGUGUCUUUAUUUCACUUUUACACCUCUCCGUUAUAAGCUUAUGUUUAUACAUGGACGAGCAGCUCCCAGCCUGCUCAGUGCUGUUCAUAUCACACAUGAAAUCAAUUCUACCCUCCCUCCGCUUCGUCUCAGCCUUGCCUGAAAGUUUAGCAGUGUUUCUUGUCUUUUUAUCAAGUGCCCAUACUCUACCCCAGAGACGGUUAAUCGGUGGGUUCAAGGAGAAUCCCCCUCUUGCUUAGGUCAUCUCCUCACCACUGCGAAUUCGGAGGCAUUUAAAGCUGCCGUUCUGCCGAAAAAAAAAAAAACCUGACGGGACGGAGCAGAGAUGAAAGCUGCAGCACACCCGGGGGGGGGGGGGGGGGGGCUUUUCGAGACACAUUUCUGGUGUGGAAGUCUUCCUUGAAAAACCUGACUGAUACAAAGCUCAAAUCUACACAGCUGUGACGCUGUCCUAGACCUCUUUAAUUUUUGUAUUGUACUGUAUGUAAGAUUCAGAUAUUUUCUAGACUUUACUUUUGCUAAUCCUAGGCUUUGUUUUGUUAGCGAAGAAGACGAGAGAACUUUUGGGGAACCAAGGGGGGCAAAAUGAAACGUGUCUCCGAUAUUCAGUGUUGUGAAGGAGUAUCUUCACGGCUGGAUGACAUUAGGAGUGUUCUGAGGUGUUUGCACUUGCACCUAUAGCAUUUAAACCACAAUACCCAUGCCACUACGCUCAUAUUUGGUUCAUCCUGUGAGUUUCAAAUUUGGACUUUAUUCAUGAUAGCUAUUAUUUUUUGUGAAAGUUUUCACUGAUAAGGAAGCAGGAACCUGAAGUCUUGUGCUUUACUCUAAAAGAAAUAGUGAUGUGGAUGAAGCCUUUUGAAUUUUAUUCUGAUCAUAAUUAUUAUUAUUAUUAUUAUUGUUGCCUGCAGUUCUUUUGAACACAUCCUGAGACAAUGCAAAGCUUUGUAGUUGAUACAAAAAGCACCUUUUUUUUAAAAGCUUGAUCAUUGCUCUGAGUAAACAGAAUUAGUAACAGUGAGGAAAAACUACCGGGGGGGAGGGGAGGGGGUGAAUUGAUACCAAUGUUAUAAAAAGCUUUUUAUUGACCUUUCUUUUAUACUUUGUGGCCAUGUGUUGGACUCUCACAUAAGCAGCAGCUACAUUCAUGCUUGUUUUUAGCCACUUCAUGUUCUUUGUGACAUUUUUACAUCACAACAUGGAACUCAGCAGCUGUUUUGUUUUUUGACAAGACAAUCAGCUCCGUCACGUCGUCAUCAGAGAACAUUAUCCUCUAGUUAGUAGUUCCUCUAAUGCACUGAUAUAUUCUUAUAUCACCACUUUUCAUAUUUGUUUUUAUGUUUAAACUCGCCAAAAACACUCCUUCAAGAGCUUCUGAAGUGUCUUCUUUUUUCUCAGUGUUUCCUCACAACUCACUUGACACCUGAUGCUAUUAUUUAUUGCUAUAUUUUUCUAUUCGUUGACUUGUUUUUUUUUUUUUUUUUGCAAUAUAUAAAGGUGGUACAGUAAAUAUUUUCACUGUAGCAUAAACCUCAGAACAGGCUUGCCAGUCACAAUACCCAAAUAUCCCUUUUCCUCCCUCUCUGUGUACAUACAACAAACACAUACAAAAACAACAUGUAAGAAAAAAAAAACAAGAAAAAAACUUGAAAUACUGCACACUGCUUUUUUUACGAGUGCUUGUUUGAAUAACGUGUCAUUUCAGACCUUUUUAUUUAAUCUUUCAUUUUUGUGCCAAGAUUUUUAUUUUUCUCUCUUGUCGUUUUCAUCCUCACCCAAUGCCCUUACCUGUAAUAAAAGAUUCUGGUUUUAUCGCUGUUUACAAACAUAUAUUUAUUGUGCUGUAUAUAAUAUAUAAUUAUUAAUGUUAUUACUAUCAUAAUGCCGUUUGUUGUAAAUGGUUGAUUCUUAUCAUCCCUUUUGGUGAUGGUGUGGCUGUAUUACGUACCUCUUGUUGAGAGAAUGUUUCUUACACAUGAGCUUCGGUGUAAAAAUGAUCCAUCGACACGUUUGCUUACCUGAGAACUAGCUCAGUGAAGAGAGAGGGGGAAAGCCAAAUUGUUUUUUAAAAAGAAACUGUUCCUUGGCCCAUGGGCUGUGCCUUAAAUUCAACGCAUGUCAUUUACGUUUAGCCUUUUUUUUUUUUUUUUUCUAUUUUGAUUUUCUAGUUCUCUUUUGCUGCAUUAGUGAAUCUUUCUGUGGCUCGGCUCGGCCUGAUCUCAUGUUGUGAAUUUGAACAUGUUGCCUUUUUACUAUCACAGCCAAACACAAAUUGCUCUAUUGAUGGCACUGUAAUUGAUGUCGUCGCAGGGAUUCAGGCCAGCCACGAGUCAGAGAUUUACUACUUGAGUGAUGUGUGGCCUAUAGCCGGAUGUCCAAGAGUCCAAAUUGCUGUAGACCUGGCGUGCACAACGUCCACAUUCCUUACGCCCUGGAUAUACACUCAAAGAUGUGACACGGCCCGUCGGAUUUAAAAGAUGCUGGAGAAACUUUGCCGCCUGUGCAAGAGUUCCUGCGGUGUGUUCUGCAUCCACGAGGUCCGAUCGCGUCUCCAAACACUGAACAGGAUGCCACAGGAGUGUGUAGUUGCUGCUCGACCUCGGUCUACGACGCACAGAGGCUUUGAGACACAUCUGCAUGUUCAGCCACUGCUGCAUUAAUUAUGGCUGAAACACUGACAGUGUGUUGCUUAUCUAUGCUCGGCCCACACUUCCACUCUCAUUACUUGCAAUAUCCAAAACCACUGACAUUUUUCUGCCUGGAGAGGAUGAGGGUUUAGUAUAUUCCUUUAGUGAAGGGGGGCGGGCGGGGGGGAGGGGGUGGGUUGGCUAGGGGUUUGGGUGAGUGCAUCAUUGUCCCCCAAACAGGGACUCUUGUUUUGACACACAUACUGUAGAUUCUAAACAGCCCUGGACCAAUGGAAACAGUGGGUUCUUUUCUCAUUCUGUGUUCUAUUUUUAUGGUAUGAAAGGAAAAACACAAACUGUAACUUUAAAAAAAGGUCUUCAGGACAAUUAUUUUUUGGGGUUAUGUCUUUAGAAUGCCAACUUGUCUGGAAGUUUCACAAGACAAUUAAAAUGUUAUUUUAAUGGAUUCCUUGUUAAUUGCAGUCUAUUGGAUAGCACUGUAGAUCAUACAACUUUGUGUAGAAAAAUGAAAAAAAAAAUGAUGAAAAAAAACGUUUUUAUAUGCAAUGGAUUAAAUAAAAGCAUGGGUUGAUUCUGCCUA